AUGUUUGGCAGUGGAUGGAUGGGUGAUGUUAACCGUAUCAGAAGACUAGAUCGAAAGAAGAUGUGGGCAUCACUUUCCAUGAGGAUUUCGGUGAUGCAAGUAGAUCAUGGAUCAUACGGUAGAGAAAUGAUCACAACUGAGAGUCCCCACUCUGAUGAACUUGCGAGUGAAGUUACGAGGGAUGACAUGGGAGACUGA